AUGGCUUCGCGUCCCGGUGGCCCCAAGACAAUGUCAUCUCCCCCCGACGGUGUGAUGGAAUCCUACCAAGGAACUCCUGACACUCGUCUCACCAUGUUCUCCCCUGGUGAGAACACUGUGACUUACCACCACGGCGGCAACUACAGCACCGGAGCUAUGGCUCCCCACGAUGUCUACGAGGGCACUGAUCGAACUCAAAGAAUCGAGAACGAUCCUUUCGUUGACGCGUCCAACUCUGGACGACUCUCUGCCACCGCUUCUUCAUUCAAGCCCACCAAGGGCAAGUCGGCUGCUGUUCUGCUUCCUGAAGGAGGACUCGUCAUCGCUUCUGCUCUGUCCCACGAGAUGGACAUCUCGCACCGUCUCGAGCUUUGUGACACGCCUACUCCUGACAUUGAGGAGGUACAGGCGUUUAUGGAGGAUCUUCAAUCCCGAGGAAUGACGUUCUUCGGUGCGCGUCACGUUGAGACCGACGGGUCUCACGUGUACGUUUGCUUCGAGGACCUCCGCGGUAUCAUCAAUUUCCAUGAUGCUGUCCGCAAGUCCGAAAAAACCUGGCUACCUUCUUAUGUCAAAGUUAAGCAAGAGCGACUUGACCGCGGUGACGUUCGACUCGGAGAGCUUAGACAGCUCAACGUUUCGAUCGAAAUGCUUGACUACGCUGUAGCUGACCCUAUCUACGUCGAAGAGAUUGUGCAGCGUAAACUCUGCAAUUUCGGAUCCCUAUUCGCCUUGGUGCGAACGACCAGCUUUCCCAACGGAGGCUUCCAUGGUGUCGUUCAGUUUUGCAAGGCUGCCAAGGCCACCUGGGCCUUUCAGAACACUCGCCAGAUCGCUGCAGAGGGUCUCAUGAUCUUUCUCAUCCGCCCGGCGGAUGCCUUCCCUGGCAUGGAUGGCAUUAUCGGCGGCAUGGAUGGCUUGGCAGUCUCUGGCGCUCGCCGCUAUCCUGUCAACAGUAUGAGCCUGCUUGCUCCUCGUGCUCCCGAGGGUAACCCAUGGGCUCCCAUUGCGUACCAGUUCUCUGGUGGGCCUACGUACCGGCCCUUCUGCCCUCCAACCCCGGCUGCGACGCUCAUUCACUCACGAGGCCCUAGCUACAAUGCUGGUCAUUCUUUUGUGAACUACGGCAGCAUGGUUCAACGUCGCGGCCCCCGCUUCGGCCAGCGUAGCCAACCACAGCGCAACAACAACAUCGUCGAUAUCUACGACCUCAUGGCAGGACGAGACAUCAUGCUCCGAAACAUUCCGAACAAGGUUGAUCAGCCGCUCCUGAAGCGUAUUGUUGAUGCUUCCUCCUACGGGAAGUACGACUUUAUGUACCUUCGCAUUGACUUUGCCAACGACUGCAAUGUUGGCUAUGCCUUUAUCAAUUUCGUUAAGGCAGAGUAUAUUGUCGAUUUCGUCCAGGCACGCGCCAACAAGCGCUGGAACUGCUUCCGUUCCGACAAGGUCGCCGAAGUCUCCUAUGCCACCAUCCAGGGCAAGGACUGCCUCGUCCAGAAGUUCCGCAACUCUUCUGUGAUGCUUGAAGCCGAGCACUACCGGCCCAAGUUAUUUUACACGAUCCACUCAGAGGAUCCUGGCAUGGCUGGCCGAGAAGAACCGUUCCCUGGUCCUGACAACCAGUCGAAGAUGAAGCGGUCGGUCGAAAAUGCGGAACAUGUCGGCCUAUUCACCCCCACUGCGGGCCAUCACUUCCGUGAGGCCCAACGUCACCGCCACAGUCAGUUCGACCGCGGUACCCGUCUGGCUGCCCUUGAGGAAGCCAACUAUGAGCAGUCUAUUGUGCUCAGUCGCCACUCACGCUACUAA